GAAAACCGGCUGAGAAAAGUAGCGGCGAACCAGAUCGACGAUGGCACAGGAUUUGGCCGUGCUACCGGAAGACGUCAUCGUGGAGGUCCUCCGGCGUCUGCCGCCGCACAGCAUUGCCGCGUCCCGGUGGGUCUGCAGGGCGUGGCGCGACGCCGUCGACGCCCGCCUGCGCAGCCACCUGCUCUCGCACUCGGUACGGGGCAUCUUCAUCAACUACGAUUUGCAUAGCCUGUCGGAGUUCUUCUCCCGCCCCUCGACGGGCCCGGCGAUCUGCGGAGGACUCGACUUCCUGCCCUAUGUGCCGGGCAGGGAGAUGAAGAUCAGGGAUCACUGCAACGGGCUGGUGCUCUGCCGCGAUUAUGACCAUGACUACGUAGUGAACCCGGCCACGCAGCGGUGGGCGCGUUUGCCCCAACGCCCUCCGACGCACCUGCCGAAAUUUAACCAGACAGCCUACCUCGUGUUCGACCCCGCCGUGUCGCCACACUUUGAGGUUUAUCUGAUCCCACGCGUUCCGUUCGGCGCAUUGGAAGACAGGGAAUGGCCCUUUAGCAAAACAAAAUUGGAAGACUCAUUGCUUGAGAUGGAGUGGCAUCCCGCAUCACAUGUGAUGCAUGUGUUCUCGUCCAUGACUAGGCAGUGGGACAAGAAGACGUUUCUCCGGGAAGGGGAGGCUGCUGUGGGGGUCGUUGCGGACGUGGCUAAAUCGAGUUCAUAUCUCGAUGAAAACUGUGCCGUCUACUGGCGAGGUGUGCUUUACAUACAUGACCAAUGUGACUUUGUUCUGAGAAUGUGCUUGUCGAACUGUAAGUAUCAAGCAACAAAAAUGCCCGAUCUGUUGAGCAGAGGUCCUAGUCCCCAUUUAGGCAGAUCAAUGAGCGGGGUGUACUGUGCAAUCCCUCGGAAAACUCAUGGAUUUCAGUUUUGGUAUCUCGAUGAAUCAUGCGGUCAGAUGAAGUGGGUGCUGAAACAUGACAUUAAUCUUGAGAGCUUUGGCCGUAAGUUCCAUCCAGGUGAAUACUUUGGUGGACAAACGGACAAGCACUGGAUCUUACAGGAUGUCAACUACCGCAAGUGCUCUCAAUUUGAGCACCAUCGUAAAAUAGAUGGAAAAUACAAAGCACCAGCUGAAGAGAAAUAUGACUGGAACUCUGACGACGAUAACAUUCUGGACACUGGACAUGCUGUUCAAGAGACAAGGUGGCCAGAACAUAUUGGCUUUCUUGGGUUUCAUCCCUACAAAGAGAUGGUUUUCUUGGAUGUAGCAAAUGAUGGGGCUGUUGCCUAUGAUUGGAAUAGCUCGAAAUUUCAGUACCUGGGCCGUAUAUUUCCUAAACAUUUCGAUGACUUCGAAUUCAAAAACGCGGGAGUACAGACAUAUUUUCCAUACACGCCUUGCUGGAUGUACGAGUUUCCUAAAAUAAAUUCGGAGUCUCAACUUGUGGAUGGUCAGCUAUCUGGAGUGCAGGCACGCUGGAAAAAACCUGCCAAAGGUGUCUUUAAAAUCAAUGUUGAUGCAAGCUUUCACGAGGAGGAGAUGCAGGGGGCAACAGGCCUGGUUGUUCGUGACCAUGUCGGGUCAUUGAUCAGCGCACAAGCCCUCUGGUACGCUCAUGCAGCAAGCCCGAUGAUUAUGGAGGCGAGAGCUAUUCGUGAUGCAGUCAAAUUGGCAAUGGAGAGGGGCUACCACCGGGUUGAAAUGGAGUCCGAUGCUCAGGAGGUGGUCAAGCUAAUUAAGGAACCUUGGAUUAUUGGCAGAUCUGAAAUUGCCGGUAUUGCUCGGGAGGUAAAGAAGCUUAGUGAUUUUUUCACUAGUUUUAGUAUUGCUUAUGUGGGUGGAACUGCUAAUGAAGCAGCUCACAUAUGUACUAAUAGAGCUAGUGCUGAGAGGAGGAGGUGUUUGUGGAUUAAUUAUAAGCCACAAUUUCUCCUAGACAUUCUUGAGAAGGAUUGUAGCAAUUCCGAGUAUAGUAUAUAA